UGUCAAUCUCUCUCUCUCUCAGACUAUAAAUAGGGGGGAGAGGACGGUACGGAUCCAAUUUGUACAUGGCGAUUGCCUGAUUCGUAUACGUGCUUUGUAUUAGUUGCUGGGAGAUUGAUUCCUUCGUUCUGUAGAUAGAGACAUGGGUAGGGUUUUCUUGAUCACUCUUGAAGGGAACGUCUAUAGCUGCAAACACUGCCAAACCCAUUUGGCUGUAGCCGAAGAUAUCAUGUCAAAGUUGUUCCACUGCAAACAUGGGAAGGCUUAUCUCUUUGAUAAGGUUGAAAAUGUUACCGUUGGAGAAAAAGAAGACCGGAUAAUGAUGACUGGAUUGCAUACUGUUGUUGACAUAUUCUGUGUUCGAUGUGGCUCAAUUGUGGGUUGGAAAUAUGAGGCUGCAAAGGAGAAGGGCCAAAAGUACAAGGAAGGGAAAUAUAUUCUUGAGAGGUUUAAGAUCCUGGGUCCUGAUGGAAGCAGCUAUACAUUUUGUCCGGAAGCUCAGUCAGGUGGAAGCGAUGCUGAUGAGGCUUGACUAUGCUCGCUGCUGUUGGUGUUCUUUCGCUGGUUUUUUGGGGCAGUCAUUCAGUUUGGGAGUUAAUCAAAGUGUUUUUAACUGUACAUUCUUUGUUGUUUUUCUUUCAUCCUAGUUUCAAUCUCGUUUUGGUAUACUUACUGAUGAGCUCUUAACAUCAGAUGUAAUGCGCACAUUCAAUAGCAGACAAUGAUGAAUAGUAUUACAUAUAUUUUCCCCUGAGUAAAAGGGAUAAGUCCCAAUUCCGAAGGCACCUGUGUCUGCAGAAGAAACAGGCCCAGCCCCGCUCUUGUAUAUCUA